AUGCAUACAGCCAUUAGAGCCGCGGUUUUCGGCCUGAGCGCUGGCGCUCUCGCUCAACAGAUCGGUACUCUCACCAAGGAGACCCACCCUCCUCUCUCCCUUACCCACUGCACUGCUUCUGGCUGCACCAAGGAGCAACACAGUGUGGUUUUGGACGCAAACUGGCGUUGGGUACACAGCACAUCCGGUUCCAACAACUGCUACUCUGGACAAACUUGGGAUACGACCUUGUGCCCAGACGGCGCAACCUGUGCUAAAAACUGCGCUGUCGAUGGAGCAGAUUACUCUGGCACGUAUGGCGUGACGUCCGAUGGCGACACUUUGUCCGUGACCUUGAAGACGGGCAGCAAUGUCGGCUCUCGUCUGUACAUGUUGGGUGUCAAGGGUCAGAACUAUGAGCUGUUUGAUUUGCUGAACCAAGAGUUCACCUUUGACGUUGACGUCUCGACUCUCCCUUGCGGCGUCAACGGUGCCCUGUACUUUUCUGAGAUGCCUCGAGAUGGUGGGCUUAGUGCUACCAACAAAGCUGGCGCACCGUAUGGUACUGGAUACUGUGACAGUCAGUGUCCCAAGGACAUUAAGUUCAUUAACGGCAAGGCAAACAGUGAUGGAUGGGUGCCAUCUUCUGGUGACAAGAAUAGCGGUGCUGGACCCAUGGGUGCUUGCUGCAAUGAGAUGGACAUCUGGGAGGCCAACAAGAUCUCCACCGCAGUCACGCCUCACCCUUGCACCAAAAACGGCCUUGCUGUAUGCACCGACGACACCACUUGUGGCGCUGCUGGCAUCUGUGACAGAGCUGGAUGUGACUUCAACGCCUACCGCCUUGGCAACACUUCUUUCUACGGCCCUGGCAAGACUGUCGACACUAGCUCGAAAUUUACUGUGGUCACACAGUUCAUCACCGACGACGGUACCGCAGCAGGCAACCUCAAGGAGAUCCGUCGUCUAUACGUCCAGAACGGCAAGGUCAUCGGCCAGCCAAAGUCGGAUAUCACAGGAAUUUCAGGCGACAGCAUCACGGAAGACUUCUGCAAAGCUCAGAAGUCUGUCUUUGGUGACACGAACACCUUCGACACUCAUGGUGGACUGAAGACCAUGGGUGCCGCGUUCAAGCGUGGUAUGACGCUUGUCUUGUCUAUCUGGGACGACUACACUGCUGAGAUGGAGUGGCUUGACGGCGUCGCAUACCCUACCACCGCGGACACUUCCAAGCCUGGUGUCGCACGUGGCACGUGUGCUACUGGCAAUGGCGCUCCGGCCACCGUCGAGUCGAACAGCGGUAGCGCAACUGUGAAGUAUGGUAACAUUAAGGUGGGUCCAUUCGGCACCACCUACAAGUCUUCGUAG